AUGGCCAAAGGUAAAGACAAGAAAGCCAAAGCUGAGCAAAAGGCUCAGAAAGCCGCUAAACAGGCCAAGAAGGCAGCAAAAAGCGAGAAGAAGGGCAAUGCUAAACAAGCUGACCAGGACAGCGACGCUGAGGAUGACGUCGAUCUCGACGCCGUGCUCGCAGCAUACGCUGAAGAGCAGGCACGCUUCCUAAAAGUCACAGAAGAAAGAUGUGCGCCGCCACCUCCACGAUCUUCAUGCACGAUUGUGGCAUCUCCUUCUAAUCGCAAUGAGCUGUUUAUAUUUGGUGGCGAGUUGAUGGACACUACUGGCUUGGUCCGCUUCUAUAAUGAUCUAUACGUCUACAAUAUCUCAAGGGGUGAGUUUAGUCAGAUCAGCUCCCCUAACUCACCAGCGCCACGAUCUGGCCACGCUUGGUGCCGUAGUGGCAACACUGGCAAAAUCUAUCUGUUCGGUGGUGAGUUCUCAAGUCCAAAACAAGGCAUAUUUUACCACUUCAAUUCAAUGCACAUGCUUGAUCCCGACACCCGAGAAUGGUCUUUGAUCGAGCCGAGAGGCAAAGUCAAAGGGCCACCAUCUCGAAGUGGUCAUCGCAUGACAUACUGGAAGAACUACAUAAUACUCUUCGGCGGCUUUCAAGACACAAGUCAGCAGACGCGAUAUUUGAACGACACCUGGAUGUACGAUUGCAGAGAAAACACGUGGCACGAGAUGAAAGUUCCGUCAGUCAAUAGCCAGAAGCCUGAUCCGCGAUCGUCCUUCAGCUUUCUCCCGCACGAAAGCGGCGCUGUGCUGUUUGGCGGAUAUUCUCGCGUCAAGACAUCGACCAACAAAGGCAAGACCGGCAAAGGAGGGCCUCAACGAGACGUACUCAAGCCUUUCAUCCAUCAAGAUACCUGGUUCUUGCGACUUACUCCUCCGGCCGAAGACGCGCCAUCCGGCACCGCACCAGCGAUGAGGUGGGAACGAAGGAAGCGACCGGCGAAUGCGCCCAAUCCUCCUCGAACGGGUUCGACCAUGGCUUAUCACAAGGGCCGUGGAAUCUUCUUCGGAGGCGUGCAUGACGUGGAAGAAAGCGAAGAAGGGAUCGACAGCGAGUUCUUUAAUGAGCUACUGAUCUGGAACAUCGAUCGCAAUCGCUUCUUCCCUCUGGCAUUACGGCGCCCGAAAGCUGGCGGCAAGAAACAAGUUCAGGCCGCCCGAGGCCGGCAUCGAGGGAAGGCAGAUGAAGAAGAGCUACUCAGAAACCUCGCUGCACUCGAAACAAAAGGUUCCAUUGCUGGAGCAGAUGAUAUGGAUCUCGACGCAGCAGUCGACACGACCGCAGAAGUUUCUGACAGCAAGAAGGACUUUGCAAUCAAGUUCGAGCUACCGCAUCCACGUUUCAACGCACAGCUCACAGUCCAAGACGACACUUUGUACAUCUUUGGCGGGACCCUCGAGAAGCAGGACAUCGAGAUCACCUUCUCCGACUUGUACGCCAUCGACCUAGGUAAGCUUGACGGAGUCAAAGAGCUACACUAUGAAGAACCCAUCAAUUGGAAUGCAACAAUUGAGCCAAGUGAUGACGAGGACGAAGACGAAGACAUGGACUACUCCGACGAGGAGGAGGUCGAAGACGAAGAUAGCACGAAAGACACCACGUCCGUCGACACGCCGUCGACGCCAGCGACAGAACCACCUCCGCUCAAAGAAGAGGUAGAGACGGAACACAAAGCGCAAGAAGAUCCACGACCUUUCCCGCGUCCGUUCGAGAGUCUGAGAGAUUUCUUUGCGAGAACGUCAGAAGAAUGGCAGCGAUUGACAAUGGCCAAGCAGCCAGCUGGAUCUUCAUCUGAUCACAGUGUCAAAGAGCUGCGCAAAAAGGGCUUCUCUGACGCAGAAGAGCGUUGGUGGGAUGCGAGGGAAGAGAUCAUGGCGCUUGAAGACGAGCAAGAGGCUGCGGGGAUUGGUGAAGUGGUCAACCUUGCUGAUCGGCAGCAGGAUGCUGGUGCGGGUCGACGGCGAUAG